UUUGCACUUGCGAUACACAUUAUAUUUUUCCUACAGUUACUAUAAACCAUAUAAAUAAGUAGUCUUUCAAACACUAUACAAAACUUUUUUAGGUUAGGUUAAAUCCAAUAAAAGAACACUGUUUUGUGUUGUUUGAUUAAAAUAAAACACAGGAGUGCGGAAAAGAAAAAGAGUGCGGCAAAAAAUGACACAAAAGCUGCCAGAGUGGUUGGACAAGACAUUCCUACAAGCUGCUCUUCAAGGAGGAGAAGAUAACGAGCCCAAAGUGACAGUUAAUGAUUUUACUGCAGAACUAGCGGUAGCGGCCGGUAACAACUACACAAGCCAAAUCUUCAGGGUGGUCGUGAAAUACACAGCAAAUGGAUCAGAAGAUAAAUCCACAACUCUUAUUGUUAAGGCACCUCAUACUCAGAUGCAAGACAUGGGAGCAGAACUUGGACUAGGUGAAUGGUUCAAGAAAGAACCUGUACUAUACAACAUUAUUUUGCCAAAAAUGAAAGAAAAGAUAAAAGUCGACUUUGGCCCUAAAACAUAUUUCAGUGCACAAAAAAGCGUGUUGGUAUUUCAGGAUCUGAAAGAAACAGGGCACAUCAUGUGUGAUAAAUUUAAACAAUUGGAUUACACUCAUUGUGAGGUAGUGUUGAAAAAUUUAGCGAAGUUCCAUGCCGUUUCAGUCGCUCUUCACAGUGAAAAUCCUGAAGAAAUCGAAACACUCGGAAUAGAGCCGAUAUUUAGGGAAGGUAAUCCCAUGCAAAAAUUGAUGGAGUCACUUUUGGUGUUUGCGAUAGAAAUUAUCAAAGAAAGCUUGAAAAAUACAGAGAAUGGUGAACCUGCCUUACAGUUUUUGCUUGGCAAGCAAGAAACACUGUACAAUUCCUUGAUAGAAAUUGUUAAACCCAAAAAAGAAGGUUUGAAUGUUAUGAACCAUGGAGAUUUGUGGAACAACAAUAUAAUGUUCAAACACUCAGAGUCAGGAGAAGUGGAGGAAGUAAAGUUCAUUGACUUUCAAGUAUUACGAUACACGAGCCCGGCCAUCGACAUUCUGUACUUCAUCUGGACCAGUGCAGACGAAGAAGUGCGGGAAAACAGACUACAAGAGUUGUACGACAUUUACCUACAAGAACUCAACGAAUGUCUACAACUACUAGGAUGUGAAGAGAGGUACACUUCUGAAGAGUUAUGGCAAGAUUUAAAGAAUUCGGUUGACUUUGCUCUUGUAAUCGCAUGUCAAACUCUGCCCAUGACAUUCGCUGAAGAAAAGGAUGCUCUUGACAUGGCUGAAUUCGACAUGAAAGAGUUUGCAAACAUGAGUAACAGUGGUGCUAUGGACCCAAAUUUACUGAGAUUAUACAAUGGAAAAUAUUACAAAGCCAAAGUACCAAAAAUCAUCCAACAAAUUUACCAGACCUUACAUUAAACGUUGCUCUAAAGGUUAAUGUUCUAGCUCUUUGCACAGAUAUGUUGUUGAGAGGAAAUUAGUAUUAAAAAGGCUACAUUUUUUUUAUAAACAGCAUCUUGGCAACAUAAAACUAAAAAAAUAUUUGUUGUAAAAUGUAAAUAAGUUGUAGAUAAUGAUAUCAUUAAUUAAUCAACCUUAAAAUUUGUCACAUAUUUUAAAAUCAUGUUUUUUACUAACAAUUAUAUUGUGUUACUAGCUGUAACCCGCGGUCUUUGCCCCGUUUAACUUCUUAAUUUUCAAGAUUAUCUCGUUCGCAUGGCUCAAUCACGUCCUGGUUGAAGUUUGUUCGCUACAGUUCGUUCGCUACGCUCACUCACCUUUUGGUUGCAAAUUAGCUGUUGUCAUAAAUGUAAAAGAAACAAUAGUGCUGCACCCUGUUGGUAAUUUUUGUAACUUUAAUGCUAUUGAACAUCACAGAACAGAACCAACUUGUUUAAUUGAAACAGCUGUUAAGAUUCAAUAAUUUCAUUUCUCAUAAGGUUAACAUGGGAAACUCCAGAGCCACUGGGGCGGAGCCCGAAAGGAUUUUUGAAAUAAGAAUAUGCCUAUAUGUUAAUCGGGAAUGUGAGCUAUCAUCAUGCCAAAUUUCAGCCCAAUCCGACCAGUAUUUUUUGCGUUCACUUGUCACAAACAUACAUCUAUACAUCCAUACAUCCAUCCAUCCAUACAUACAUCCAAACUUUCUCAUUUAUAAUAUUAGGUGGAUUAUUUUAUUCAAUGAUGACUCACAAGUAAAAAUCUAUUAUAUUAUUAAAGUGAUACAAUGAAAUUUUAUGUAAACGGUUAAGGCCAUUUACCAAAUAAAAAUAUAGGCAUAUGACACAUACAAAUGAAGCUUAGAGUGUGUAGAUUUGCCGAAAAGUAUUGAUAUGGACGAAUUUCCUAAGGGCUCUACCCCACAGGCUGAUUUCCAAAGGGCUACGCCUGCCAUGCUUCCUAAGUUUACAUGAUUUAAUUUAAUUUAGUUAAUGAAACAGCUGGUCAGUACAAUGAAUGGUGUUUGUUUAUUUACUCGAAAAAGAUGUUUGUGAAGCUUUAUGUAGAUUUAGGAGGGUUAUGUUUGGUUUUAAAGAAAGUUUGUAUACGUUUUGUAUAGAAUUGCGCAAAGUUUCAUUUUGUAAUUUAUAUAGUAAGCUAAAUGUAAAGAGGCUUGACUAAAGUUGAAGAAUUAUGGUAAAACAUGUAAUUCGUGAAGCAUCAAUAUGAAAUAAUUUAUGUUAUUGCUACACUAAGGUAUGUUAUGUUGUCAUAUUCUUUUGGAUCUAUUAACAUAAAAAAGUAGGGGUUUGAAAGUAAGCAGGUUUACACUUUUGAAUCAGAGUUUAUAUUUUCAAACUAAAUCAUAAAGUUGCCGUAUUUUAAAACACACAUCAGGAUUGCUUUAAUAGCUCUCUAGGUCACAUUUUCUUCCCGUUGCAAAGCACGGGUAUAGCAGCUUGUAUGUAUAUAAAAUAAAGCUGAUCAUAUCAAGUACACACGAACAUUUUUUUUGCAACUAAAUAUGUAAUAAGGCUCACAGUAUCAAUUUAACAUGAAUUUUCAAAAAGAAUCCAUAUAAGGGGUACAGUAAUUUCAAAUUUAUUUCCUCCUGGAAAGUUAAGUAUAGAAUAGAACCUUAUCUAUUCAGAACACUCACAUGCAAAUGCCAAUGAUGUGUUUUAUUUUUCUGCCUUGACUAUUUGACCCUUUGUCAAAUACUACAUGCAAUGUUCAAAACUAUAGCUUUGGGUGACUAUCUGCAAAUUUCAGGUUAGGAAAAGAAACAUAGAAAAUUAAAUUUUAUGUUUUAUGUUUACUGAUAGAAGGAAAAGCUCUAUUGAAUGUAUGUGUUUCCCUUGUAUAGACUUACUUCAGUAACAACUGGUUGGAAACUGGGAGAAGUGGAGGAGAGAAGUGGGAGAAGAAGAGGGAAACUGGGAACAUUGCGACUUUGGCUCAACACAGAUAAAACACAAAAUUUGCUUUUUAGUUUAAAAAACAACCCAAAUAAUUUUAAUCUUGAUUUAGUCACAAAUGCUAAAUUCCUAGGUAUUUAUUUAGACAAUCAUUUAACUUGGAGCUCACAUAUAGAUUACAUUAGUACGAGACUAUCAAGAGUAAUAUAUCUUAUGAGACGCCUUAUAAACAUUAUUCCUAAAAAUUACAUCAGAAGUGCGUACUUUUCCUUUUUUGAAUCUAUCAUUCGAUACGGUUUAAUACUGUAGGGAAACUGCUCAGGAAUUCAGGACAUUUUACUGCUCCAAAAGAAGGUGAUUAGAAUUAUGGCUGGAGUACAUUUUAGGGAACAUUGCAAACCACUUUUUAGGCAGCUUCAGAUUUUAACCGUCAUAGACUUAUAUAUUUUUGAAAUCGCAGUUUAUAUAUUAAAAAACUCUCAUCUAUUAAAAUUCAAAGACAAAAUUCAUAAUUAUAAUAACCGAAACAAAACUAAAGCAGUGAUUCAAUAUUGUCGCUUAACUAAAUCGUUGGAUAGCCAUGUGGUGAUAUCUUUAAAAAUUUACAAUAUCUUUGAGCCUAUGAUUAGAAAAUAUUCAAUAAAUCAAUUUAAAAACAAACUCUAUAAUUGGUUACUAGAUAACCCAUUUUAUACAUUAGAUGACUUUUUAAAAAUUUGUGAAAUCAAAUUUUAACAUAAUGUAAUCUUUGCACUUAUUUUAUUUUAUUUUAUUAUUAUUAUUUAUGUUAUUACUAUUAUCUUUUAAUAUUAUUAUAUUGUAUUUUACAUGAGAUUUUUAGAGGUAUUUAAAAAAAUUUAGUUUCUUACACAAAUUUGUCUAACUUCUUUGAUUGCUUGACAAAAAAAACUUGAACAAAUUUUUUUUUUAUUUAAUUACUGUUGUUGGAAUUUAACUAUUCCUAAUUAAUAUUAUUUCAUUAUUUUUUUUCUUUUUUCCCUUCAUUUUAAGAAAUUUACUAAGCUCUCAAAUGUUUUUAUGUUUUAUUAAUAGAUAGCGUAAAAGAAAAAAAGUUAAGUUAAUUUAUCAUUUUAAUUUUUACAUUCUCUAGAUACUUAAUCCUAUACUAUUGUAGAUGUGUAGUAUGUAUGUAUAUGACGUAGGCCUAUACAUAGGCUGAUGUGUUGACUUUGUCAAUGAUUUGUAAAAAUCCAAAAGACAAAUAAAUGAUAUGAUUUGAUUUGA